GCAGGCAGCCCGGGAAUAGACGACUGGGGAAAUAUGAAUGGAUGUAAUUUUUCUGAGCACAACUCAGGCCUUCAAGGCGGAUCAAGGUUGUUUGUUGUGGACUGAUCGUAUUUAAAGUGGGAUCUGAUACGCAGCGACGGGAACGUUGAGGAUUUGUUUCUGGAUUAAUGUUUUGGCUUAAUUAUGUUAAGUCCACUUCAAAUGUAGUGAGGACUUUAAAAACUACUUUCGUUUUCUUUACUUUCUGCCACAAACAGACGGACACAGAGAGGCUACGUUGUUGAAACUUUUUUUCCUCUCGUUAAAUUGAAGUAGAGAUGGAGCCGGAGGAGGGGAAGAUCUCUGUGUGGGUCUGCCGGGAGGAGAAGCAGGUCUCCGGGCUGACGAAGCGAACCACCUGCGCCGACGUGGUCAAAGUCCUGCUGGAGGACCAGAACCUGCAGCAGGGCGACUCUGCGGCGAUGCUGUCCAGCUCCCCGCAGUCAUACUGCGUGGUGGAGAAAUGGAGAGGCUUCGAGAGGAUUUUACCCAACAAGACCAAAAUCCUCCGGCUGUGGAGCGCAUGGGGGGACGAGCAGGAGAACGUCCGCUUCGUCCUGGUGAAGAACGAGGCUUCACUGCCCAACAACGGGCCCCGCAGCGCCGAGGCCCGGGUGGUCCAGAGCCGGGAGAGUGGAGGUCCGGGCGGAGUGCUGAAGGGCACCGCCAGGACUUGCUGGACCGCCGCGGCCGCUGCCGCUAACCUGUCGCAGGAGAAACAGAGGCGCAUAGUCAGGAAGGCUUUCAGGAAGUUGGAUAAGAUGAACAAAACGAAAGAGCCGACUGUUCCUAAAGAUAAGGGCUCGGUGGAGAAGAUGGAGACCCUGGUUCACCUGGUGAUCUCCCAGGACCACACAAUCCGCCAGCAGAUCCAGAGGAUCAAGGAGCUGGACCGGGAGAUCGAGCGGUUCGAGGCCAAAGUGCACUUUGACCGCAUCAAGAGACACGGGGUAAACUAUGUGCAGGACACAUACAUGGUGGACUCCUCCUCGGAGGCUCCUGCUCCUUCGGACUGUAAGCGCAAAGCGGAGCAGCAGGACACGCGGUGCACAGCGGAGGGGGUCGCGCAGUUCGAGGAAUACGCGCGCAGGUGUGAGGAGGUGGUGCGGCUGCAGGAGGAGGUGACGGAGCGCGAGGCGCUCGUGGAGAGCAUCACCGGGGAGAUCCAGGAGGAGCUCAACCGGCGGUGGAUGAAGCGGCGGCGGGAGGAGAGAGGAGCGGAAGCGGUGAAGGACACAGACAGCGUCGCGGAGGAGAUGUGCUUGACUGUGUCUGCGGCUCCAUCUGUGGAAGCAGAAGAGGACAGUUUGUCUGAGAACGAGUUCGUCCUGGAGGAGGAGAGGAUCAAAACGCAGCUCGACACAAGCCUCUACAUCGGCCUGCGGCUGAAGACAGACCUGGACUCCAUCAGGGGGGACUUGGACCUGAGUUUGUCCCUCUGGGAGACCAGGGAGAGUGAACUUCUGGACCUACUGGCCAAAGUUGAGACCAUGGAGAUAGAGCAGGUGACUGACGAAGGUAUGGCAGAGGUGGGUGCAGUGAGCGCCGAGGCUGAGCCCGUGCAAGUUGAGAAGAGUAGCGUCUGGGUGGAGCAGGCCAGAGGUCUGUCCAAGACCUGCAAUACCAACGAUGAGGACUCGGACACAGGCCUGAGCUCCAUGCACAGCCAGGACUCUGACAACCCACCUGUAUGCGAGUCACUGGUAUAGACUCACUUUGUGGAGCAUGUUGGACUUAAAGCCACAAACUCAGGGGCAGAGAAUCAGUGUUGGCAAUACUGGGAGAUAUUCUUCCCUACCCAAAACGCACCUCAGUAUGGAUACUGUAAUUCUAUAGCAAUAAUUCCUAUAUGUAGUUGCACAAUAAGCUAGGAGGGACAGCAUGCUUAGAGAGGUUUUAUAGGCCAUGUUGCUCCAUAGCUGACCUUUGACCUCCAUGAGGAGAGUCAACAACGUACCCAUUAUUAAGAGAAGUAUAGGAGUAUUAUAAUAAGCCACUAAUAAUCUGUAGUCUUCAACCAGAAACUUUAAGGUAAACUUUAUCACAGGUUCACAAAGAGUUAAUAGCAGCUCGCUUUUGUCAGGAUAAGGUCUGACUUUUUGCUGAAGCCACUGAAAGAUGGGGCUGAGUGUUGUACUCUGUAAGUAGGCCAAUGGCCAUAAACACACAGGUUUCCUUUUAAAGGCCCUCAUCAAGUGUACUUUGAUGCACAGUAAAGUACUGUUAGGUCAUCUCCAAACAAGCUCUUUCAAUUAAACAAAUGCACGAUAAAGAUGAGAUCACUUCACCUCAACCUCUUCAAAAUAAGAUUGAAAUGUACAGAAAGUCAAAAAGACUAUCCACAACUAAUAUUCUGAAUUGUAUCAGGUUUUGGGAAAAAUGGAAAAUGCAUGACUUUGUGGAUUAGAGUUGAAACACUGAUCCAUAUCCUGCGGACUAAGCAGAGGAGAUCACUUGAUAUUGUCCUCAGUAUAAAUAGUGUCUGUCUUUAAAGCACAAAAAGUCCUAUUUAUUAACAACAUGUUAGAGCUGGGUCAUCUACUCCACUCUGUCCUGCACUGCUCAGCUUUCAUAGGCUGAUUGAAACAUUUGAUGCUUAUUUCUGUCAUCACAGCUCUUUAUUGACUGUUUCAUUGUUGUUUAAUUUAAAACAGUGGUUCUCAACCGUUUAAAACAACAGCUUACAACCUCUCAUGGAAAGUUACAUAUUUCAUGAGCUGUGAGCAUUUCAAGCAAAGAGGGAUUUAUUGAUCAAGUGGUGUAAUUUGAAUAAUUAUAGACCUAAAGAGAACAAAAAACAAAAAGACGGACAAAUAAAUGUCCUAAAAAAUGAACAUAAUUUUAUUGGGCAUAAUUAUGUUUGUUGUUGUUCUCUCCUAACUUGUAAAUGAUGUCACAGUUCCUCAUAUUUAUUUAUUGACCACCUGAGGAGGUCCUGAACUCCUAGUUGAGAAACACUGGUUUGGGGUAAAAGUUGAUUCAGUGUCCUGGUGAAACAGCCACAGAGAGAUCAGGUCAGAGUGUAAACUCAUCUUUAAACGUGGACUCCAGCCAUUUAAUAUUUCACUUCUAUAAAUGUGAAGGACACUCACACAAAGAGACAGAUUUAAAAAACAAAAUUGUUGAAAGUCAAGCAGCACAGACUAAGAUUUCCUGUCCCUAGUAUGGAUCACGCUCCAAAAACAUUCAAUGCUACAUUUCCCAUGAUGCAGCUGGAUCUUUAAUUAGACCCCCCUGCCUCCUAAAUGCCCACUUCUUUCAUUUGUAAUGCAGGCUUUGUGUUAAAAAUAUAAAAUCUGAAGAGCUUUAGGUGAACAUUAGAUACUCCUGAUGAUUCUUGUUCCGGCAACAGAAGAUAGUAUACAACUGUUUCAUUACUCCUAAUGACAAGUAAGAACACCAUUCGGAUGAUGGCUUGUUUCUCUGAAAAGCAUCUUACUCAGCAAUAAUCAAUAAUCAGACAACAAGAGCUUCAUGUUUACCUCAAGGUUCAAGUCAAGGAGUUAUUUCCUCCUUCAGAAAAGGCUUUAUCAGAUUUGACAAGUUAUUGUGUACGAAAAACAAACACACCAGCAACACAAACGUGAACCUGCACAUUAGACAUCUACAGUUUAGUAGUAUGUGUAGUUUCUUGUCUAAUUAACCAUUGCAUUUAACAAUUUAUGGAAAGCCAGGAAGUCCAAAAAGUCAAAACAUUGGCUUUUCAUACUUAACUCACUUGAUGCAUUAUUAUCCUCAGAAAUGUUACACUUAUGCAGAAACACAAGUCAAGCUGUGCAUACAAAUACCUGUAAGAUUACAUUUUAGGAUGCUUUUGAGAGAAAUGACCCCAUUUAGUCAUCUCAAAGUGCCCAUAUCUCUGAAGGCUGUGACAUUAUGGGAACUAUUUUAAGCCUCAGUUCACUUUGUACAUGCAGGAAAAAGUUACAGUAUUAGCGGUGCUUCCUGGAACUGCAACAGAAAAUAAAACAAAAGCUCCCACAAUACAUGAUUUUGAGAUCAUCCUUCAACUGAAUCUCUCUGUACUUUUGUCAGACUGUCGUGAUGUCAAAACUUACAUGGUUGAAUUUGUCCAACUGUAAAAUGGUGAUAAUGAAUAACCUUGUAACACAUAGAAGAGACUGAUGAUAGUGUUUCUGUGGAGUUAGCUGUUAGCCUUUUCCAAAUACAAAAUGACCUGUGUGUAGCUCAUUUAUGUAGCUUGUUCAGGGACAGUUAGGGCCUCUAAGUCCGUGACAUUCAGUCUGCUAGAUGCAACUCUGAGGCUACAGCAAGAGAACUCAUAUGCACUGUGGCUGCACCGUAACACCAGUCAGCACAUUAUUACACAUGACUGUUAGUGUUGAAAUAAAGAGCAAAACCUC